UACACGAAUCCACCACAAAAACGAGAUGACUUCAAUAUGUGAACAAGUCCAGCAAGGAAAAACUUCAUGGCCGGAGCUAGUUGGGGAGGAAGGAAAAUGCGCCGUAGCCACUAUAGAAAGAGAAAAUUCGUUGGUUAAUGCACAGAUUAUUGCAGAAGGAACGAUCAUUCCUGAGAUAUAUAUCUGUGAUAGGGUUCUUAUAUGGGUAAACGAGAAUGGGAUCAUCAUCCUUACGCCUACAGUUGGCUAGUCGAAAAAACUUUACCAAACAUCAUAUUUUCGUUUACUUAUUUAAUAUAAGUUUGUACCUUAAAAUAACAAAGUGUGUAUUUAGAAUUAAGAUGCAUCUUCUUGCAAUUUCUUUAUAAUAAAAUGUUUGAUGUUUGCCUUUGUUUUUGUAUAUAAAUUGUUGGGAUUUUGUUUA